CGGCAACAGAAAUACAUCAUGUGCACUCAUCUGUGAAAAUUUCAACUGUCUAGCUAUCACGGUUCAUGAGAUACAGCCUGGUGACAGACGGACGAACGGACGGACGGGCGGACGGACAGCGAAGUCUCAGUAAUAGGGUCCCGUUUGACCCUUUGGGUACGGAACCCUAAAAAUCACAAACUACCCGAAACUGUAUUGAUUAAUCUAAUCUGUAAAUAUAAACUGUAAGAUCUCUAAUCUAAAAUCAAAUUGUUACGUAUUAUAUGUAAUGAAUAUUAUAAAUAAAUGAGUAUGAGUAUAAAGGCUUGCGUCCUUUUAACAUUAAGAAAUAUUAUGUAGAACUCGGUUAAAACAGUAAAUAUGACGUAACUCCGACCGUAAUAUUUCUUACAACCGUGUUAAAUAACCUAAUAGAUACAAAGUUUCCAAACGAAAUGAGUAUGUUUAAAAAAGUAAAUGCGAUAGCAAAUCGUUGGUAAUGACACUUAGCUAAAGAGUUUAAACAAUUGUCACUAAUAUGUAUUUAACUAAUGGAGCAUAUCGCCUCCUAUACCUCGCCUCGCCCUCUAUAAAUUGGGCAAGUUGAUGGCUUCAUUAAAUACCGAUUAAAAUCUUAUAAGAUAAACCUACCCCGCGGCUUCUGUAAACAUGACGCUUGGUAUAUUUUAUUUUGUACUACUUCAAUUAAAAACUAAAACUUAUAUUUGCAAUCUCGGUAGGCUUACCACAGAAGCGUUCAGCAUCUCAUCCGCUAGAUCGGCCAUCCAUUCCUCUCUAUUUAAUACUGUUAAAAAAAAGACGGGUAGUCUAUCUCACGGCAAGAUACUGUUGCUGUAGUAACAGCAAAAAAUAUUAUAACCCUUAUUCGACAGUGAGUCACCUUGCCUACAAGACUUGCCUAGUAGGUUCCGGGUUCGAACUCUGUUAAGGCCCAGCAGUUUCGUGUUCUUCUUUCCCUCUCACUGAGCGUAAGCGACUAAGCGUGAGCGAGAUGGAUGUGCGUGCUCGGGACCGCGAAUAUCACGAAAUUAAAUUUUUUGUGUGUUUUAAUAAUAAAAUAGUAAUCGCUGAGUUCCCUCAAACAUGAUAUUGCCGAUAUUUAGAAGCGAUUUUCAUAUUUUUAGCUUUUGUGCAAAAUUUGUUAUACAUUUUUAAAGUGCAUUUUAGACCUAUGUUCGUGAUUUUAUUUUAUCAAGCGAAAGUCAAAAACUCAGGAUUCGAAUCACUGAUGAAGUCCUUUAAAAAAGGCCUCAAGAUUGAGAUAGUACAAGAAGUAGUAUUGUGAUAAGAUCGCCUGUUGUUACCUCUGUUUUUAUGUAUUAAGUAUGUGUGUUUCUUUGUAAAUGUUAUUUUGAAGUUGUACAGUACAGAGGAUUUGUAUUGUAUUGUAACUAUUGUAGUACCUACAACACAAGCAUUAUAGAGCUUGCUUUGGGACUAGGUCAAGCUGUGUAAUUUGUCCUAUAAUAUUUAUUUAAAACAUUAUAACAUCAAAUGAAAGUGAAAUAAAGAUUGCAAAAGAAACAAAGAAACAAUAUGGUUUUGCGCGUUUAAAUAAUUGCAGUUACGCGUAGCGUUAUCUAGAAAAAAAUUAAGUCGAUGAGUAACGUAGUGAAUAAAUAAGCAGUAAGACACCGCAUUAUCGGAGUCAGGGAUGCAGCAGCGCCCGCGACGCUCUUUCGUAACCGCGACUCAAUCUGACAUUUACAACUCGGGUUUUUCGGAAACGACAGUUCAAAAGUACACGGAUUAACGCGGCGUAGUCAUACGCGCGGCGGCGCGCUAUCCGUACAUCAAGUGUGUGAACCUAAUAUUAAACGACUCUCACUUUUACUUCCAAUUCGAAUGCCACACGGCCGGCGACAUGGGCGACAUGCGCUGGGGCGAACUUACCAACUCUAAAACAGUGCUCACGGGAAACCUAAGACGGACAUGGACCGAGAAAUCCAAAGGAAUACUGAAGGAUAUUAAGAAUUUCUGGAGAGAAGUCACAGUCGAACCAUGUUUAUUUACUUACAUGCUCUGUACAGCGCUCUCAUCAUUCGCCGUACAGAAUAUGCAUUUGGAAAAAUCUUGCAGAGUCAACUUAAAUUAUGGGACUGAAAUUUGUGACAGGAUCAGGCAACGGAACGUCACGGGAUUGGAUGAACAGAUUAAAAAUAUUGAGACGUUAGUGGCUCAUGUGGUUGCUUGGAAAUUCCCGCUUCAGACUGCCAUUCCUGCAGUGAUGGUGCUUUUUGUUGGAGCGUGGAGUGAUAAAAACAAGAAAAGAAAGAUUUGUAUAUUAUUUCCCAUGAUCGGAGAGAUCAUUGCUAACAGCGGGCUGCUUUUGGCAACUUAUUACUUUCAUGAAGUAUCUCUUACGGCGACGGUGCUUAUCGAAGCACUUCCCGCAGCGUUAACUGGAAGUUAUAUAAUCAUAUUUAUGGGCAUGUACAGUUUCAUGGCAGACAGGACGUCUGUGGAGAGUAGAACUUUUCGUCUAGGGCUUGUGUCGAUAUGUAUUAGCUUAGGGACUCCUGUAGGGACCGUGCUAAGUGGAGUGUUAUUAAGAAUUCUGGGAUAUUAUGGCAUAUUUUCACUACUCCUAGUGCUUCACAGUGGAUCCUUUUUGUAUGGUGUUUUAAAACUUGAGGACGUUGUCUCUCCAGAAGAUGAUAGAGGUGAAGGUUGUGAUAAUGACAACAAGUUUAAAAAGGCAAUAACUGAAGUAUUGGGGCUUGUCGUGAACACAUUGAUGGUGGCAUUUAAACCGAGGGCAUCUGGAGGACGUUUGGAGAUAUUUCUGAUUCUUGGACUGUACAUCAUUAUGGUUGGCCCAUUAUAUGGUGACUCACAAGUGGCCUAUUUGUAUGCAAUACGAAGAUUCAAUCUCACGGAGGUAGAAUACAGCAUUUAUGGUACCAUAAACAUCGUCUUGGGACUAGUGGGUACGUUCUUCUGCAUAUCGAUUCUCAGCAAAAAAUUCCAAGUAGAGGACAGUAUCAUAGGCAGCCUGGCAGGAGUAAGCAGGAUAGCUGCAUGCUUCGUAUUCGCUUUCGCACCUACGAGGCAGUGGUACUACUCUGCCCCCGUGUUCAACAUCUUCAGUUCAUGUGGACUGACCGCCAUACGGUCCAUCGCAACGAAAAGCGUGGCUAGUCAGGAAGUUGCGAAACUAAGCUCGCUAAUAGGAGUGACAGAAGCCAUCGCGCCGUCUAUCUACAUGCCUACCUCCAGCCUUAUCUAUGUCAACUCCAUGGACACCUUUCCUGGGGCAUUUUACCUUUUCGAUGCGGCACUGACGGUCGUCGCACUCGGGCUGUUUGUAGUAAUCUACAUACUGGUGAAGCGGAGACAACGGAAUAGGGUCAUCAACCCAGUGAGGAAAGAACAAUUUGCAAGGGACAACCCUGAUCUUGAAGUUUCUAGAAUUUAAUUUUUAUAUAAAUAUUUACAUUUGUACCCGAAUUUAAACAAGGUUGUUAUAAAGUC